GUGACGCAGGCGUUACGUCACAUUACUCAAACGACUCACCCCGGAAGUAGCUCCAACCAACGAUGCUGACCUUCAGUUUAACGCUAAUACGACAUGGAGAGACACAGUACAACAGAGACAAACUACUACAAGGUCAAGGUGUGGACACCCCUCUGUCAGAGACGGGCGUGCUGCAGGCAGAAGCAGCGGGACAGUAUCUUAAAGACAUGGCUUACAGUAAAGUGUUUGUCAGUAACUUACAGCGGGCAGUACAGACAGCUGAAAUUAUCCUAAGAAGCAGCACUCAGUGUCCCGACAUGGAGCUGACUCUGGAGCCGUUGCUCAGAGAAAGGGGAUUUGGUGUUGCUGAAGGACGCCACAAGGAGGAUCUAAAGAACAUGGCUAACGCUGCUGGUCAGUCGUGUCGGGACUACACGCCCCCAGGAGGAGAGACUUUAGAGCAGGUGAAACAAAGAUUCAAAAAAUUCCUCAAAGUCCUUUUCAAGCAGAUGCUUGAGGAUCACAACCCGUCUGACCCAGACACCGGUCCAGCGGCAACAUCAGCCACACCGUUAUGCCCCUCUGCUAACAAUGGAGCAAAUGACGGCCUGCAGGGAGUCGCCAUCCACGUCCUGGCGGUGAGUCACGGUGCUUACAUCCGAGUGGCCACCAGGCACCUUGUGGAGGACUUAAAGUGCAGCUUACCUGCAGGGCUGAAGGUGUCGCAGCUUUUCUGCCCGUGCCCCAACACGGGCAUCAGCCGCUUCAUUUUCACCGUCAGCCGCUCCGAGUCCGGGCUGGCACUCACCGACGCCCUCUGCGUUUUCACCAACAGAAAAGAGCACCUAGAAAACCUCACAGUUGCCCAAUAAAUCAGAGUUUGAUGUGUGGACGUGUGCAGCUGACGAUAAGCACAUUUCAAAAAGAAAAUACAUUUGAGCCUCAGGCGCAAAAACACAUCAAGUAAAGCACGUCUGCUUGAUAAUCAUGUUUUGCAGUGAUUUAAUGAUUGAGCUUUGUGCUGUACUGUGACAGGUUCCACUUUUACAGUGAGGACUGUGUUUAGGGCGAAUAUUUAUCUUGAAGGAAGCAUCUCAGUGCUUGAUGCACUGAUGUGCACAUCUUGUGCAAUAUCAUACAAAGUACUGAAAAUGAGUUUUUAUGUAAAGGUUUUGCAUUUAUUGAAGAGUAAAGAUGCAGAUUGCACAUUAGAGCAUCAGAUCUGUGUGGACCUGUUGCAGAUUCACAAACGUUUGUUUACUUUAUCAAACAGAGAAAUCUGUUUCAUGUUUUUUGUAAACUGACCGUUGCUUAGAGCAAAGACAGUUUUUUUCUUUCAUUGCUUCUGCCUGUCUUCACUACGAGAUUCACAAUUAUGCUCUUAAAGGUUCUUGCUAUAUGUUGUACAAGAAUCAAAUAUUUAAACAAAUCCAAGAGGGCAUCCAGCUUUCAUUGAUUAAAAAUGGAAAUAAAAACAGUCAUCUGUG